AUGGAGUCCAUCUCACCUUUCCACUCGCUCACCCCGGAGGUGAAAUACUCUCCGCCAUGGCAGGACUUGAGCAUCAUCGGCAUCGCAGGCAGCUCCGGGUCUGGCAAGACCUCGGUGGCCGUUGAGAUCGUCAAGUCGCUAAACCUUCCUUGGGUCGUGAUUCUUGUGAUGGACUCUUUCUACAAGACCUUGACACCCGAGCAGCAUCGCAAAGCGCAUUCAAAUGAAUAUGAUUUCGAUUGUCCAGAUUCAAUUGAUUUCGAUCUACUGGUGGAUACCCUCAAGGACUUGAAACAAGGGAAAAAAAGUCACAUCCCAGUAUAUUCGUUCGCUGAUCAUCAGCGUCAAAGUCAUACCACCACUCUGUAUUCGCCUCGAGUGUUGAUCCUUGAGGGUAUCUUGGCACUGCAUGAUCCCCGAAUCGCAGAGCUUCUGGAUGUCAAAAUCUUUGUUGAAGCCGACAUGGAUGUCUGCCUGGGCCGUCGCCUACUUCGGGAUGUCAAAGAGAGAGGUCGUGAUAUUGAGGGCAUUGUCAAGCAGUGGUUUACCUUCGUUAAGCCAUCUUACACUAGAUUUGUUGAGCCCCAGCGGGGAAUUUCCGACAUAAUCAUCCCCCGCGGAAUAGAAAACCUAACGGCUAUCGAUAUGGUUGUGAAACAUAUCCAACGCAAGCUACAAGAGAAGUCUGAAAAGCACACCGAAGAGCUUCACCGGCUCGGCCUCAUCGCUGCCAAAGUUGAAUUGCCCCCCAAUGUUCAUGUACUGCCUACAACCCCCCAGCUUGUAGCCAUGAAUACUAUCCUGCAAAACCCCGAGACUGAGGAGGUGGACUUUGUCUUCUAUUUUGAUCGACUUGCGUCGAUUUUGAUUGAGCGUGCCUUGGAUAUGGCACAGUAUGUUCCCACAAAUGUGGAAACCCCACAAGGAAACAAGUAUCUGGGCCUCACCCCACAAGGAGCCGUAUCCGCUGUUGCAAUUUUGCGUGGCGGGUCUUGCUUAGAAACUGCUUUGAAGCGAAGCAUCCCUGACUGUGUCACUGGCCGGGUGUUGAUCCAGACAAAUGAGUCUAGCCAGGAGCCUGAACUGCACUAUUUGAAGUUACCGCCGCAAUUGGCCGAGCACAAUAGCAUUCUCUUGUUGGAUCCACAGAUGUCUAGUGGAGGAGCUGCCCUCAUGGCUGUUCGUGUCUUGAUUGACCACGGUGUCCAAGAGGAAAAUAUUGUUUUCGUGACAUGCGCGGCUGGAGAAAUGGGCUUGAAGCGCCUGGCAGCAGUAUUUCCCAAGAUUAAUGUUAUCGUCGGUCGGAUUGAGGAGGAGGGCGAGCCACGGUGGAUGGAGAAGCGCUACUUUGGCUGUUAA